AGGAAGUUAAAAAAUGGCGGCUGUUUUGAGUUGAUUUGCCUCGGCUCUAACUUUUUGUUAACUUCGUAUGAUUUAAUCAACACAAUUGGGAUGGGAGUCAAUCAGCUGUGGGGUAUACUUGCUCCUAUCAAAACCCACAAAACUCUGAAGUCCCUAAAAGGUCAGACCAUAGUAGUUGAUUUGAGCGUGUGGAUUUGCGAAAGUUCAUCAGCUUUGCAGGGAGUGCCUGUCACAAAACCACACCUCCGGAACCUCUUCUUCCGUGUGACCAAUCUGACUCAGUUGGGUGUCAACCUGAUCUUCGUUCUGGACGGUGAACCACCGGAACUGAAGUGGGAUGAGAUGGAGAGACGGACCAAUGCCCGCAUUGAGGGCGGGGCACGAGGCAGAUGGGGGCAUUGGAGGAGCAAACGGAGUAAGACAGCCACAGGAGGAACUGCCGUGAACAGGAGUGUGGCAGGCGGAAAGAAGAAGAAAGAACGAAAACGAUUCAAGUUUGUAGUCAAGGAGUGUCAGGAGAUGCUAGAGAGUCUUGGUGUUCCCUGUGUGCAGGCUGUAGGAGAGGCAGAAGCAAUGUGUGCUCUUAUGAACGUACAAGGGCUUGCCGAUGCCUGCUUGACUGAGGAUGGGGAUGUGUUUCUCUAUGGGGCCCGAACUGUCUACAAGAACUUCACGCUCAACACAAAGGAUCCACACAUUGAAUGCUACUCAAUGGAUGACAUUGAGUCACGUCUUGGUUUGGACCAGAGCAAGCUUGUUGCCCUGGGGCUCCUCCUCGGCUGUGACUACACCCUGGGGGUUGUAGGCGUUGGUCCUAAGCAAGCCGUGGGGCUGAUGAGGGAACUAGGACCUGAAGUGAAUGCUCUGGAGAGAUUCAGAGACUGGGCUGAUGGGAAGGUACCUCGGAAUUGCUUACAGGAAGCUCCCAAGAAGUCACCCCACUGUGCCCGCUGCACCCAUGUAGGCUCAGGGAGAGAGCAUAAGGUGUACGGCUGUGCCAUGUGUCACAGCGACGUUGCCUGCCAUCCUAAGUCUGUUGACACUCCAGAGUGCUCGUGUGCGUGGCAUGCGUUAGCAAGAUCUAGGGCAAAGGCAUCGAUGGAACCACAGGUCAUGAAGAAAGCUUGUGCACUACCGGACUUCCCCAGUGAGCCAGUUAUAGAGGAGUUCUUGUCAGUAAAAGACAAGUGUCCAAAGACAAAGCUUUCAUGGAAGAGACCUCAGCUCAUUAGUGCGCAGAAGUUUGUUUCGUCCAAACUAGAAUGGCCGGAGGACUACACAGUAGAGAAAGUCUUCCCAUUGGUCACUCUGUGGGACCUGACGGCCAUAUCAUCCGGUCAGUCCUUCGACCCUCGGCUUCACUUGACACCGACUGCAGUGAUCAAGAAGAGAGUCAGGCAAGGUGUGGCGUGUGUUGAGGUCCAGUGGCAAACUGGUAUUCCCCACUCCGAGCUUCAGUAUCCCACCACUAUUGAAAGGGAAGAACUAUUCGCCACAGCCUUCCCUGCAUUGAUGUCAACGUUUGAGGAAUCAAAAGCUGCCAAGACCAAACAGAAACGAAAAAAGACUGUCAGCUCCUUGAGUGAUGCCUUUCAAGACAUGGAUUUGACUUCUCCUGACCUCACAUCCUCCUCAACAAUCGUUGCUGAAGACAGACCUCCUACGUCAAUCGCCAAAGGACCCUCCAUGAGAAACAUCAAUGUGAAACCUUUGUAUCGCAAACCAAGGCGGAGUAGAGAGAUCACGACAGGAAAUGUCUCACAUUCUUCCAUUGAGGAUGAAGGUGAAGAUGAUGAAGAAGAUAAAGAUGAUGAAGAAGAUGAAGAAGAUGAAGAAGAAGAAGACGUGGAUGCAGAACCGCUACCUCUGAGUGAACGACUUCGUCUCAAGAGGGAAGAUGUUGAGACCAUAACAUUAGAUGAGUCAUCAUUCUCAUCAUCAUUCUCAUCAUCUGUUUCGCCAGGCAACCCAGAAGAUGCCAACUUCAGUCUUGGCUUUGAGCUGACCAAGAUGCUUUCGCAGGACGACACUCUGCUGCAGCCUAAGGAAUGUGGAAGUCAUUCUGAAACGUCAGAUCAAGAACUUUCAGAAGGCAGAGAAGGAGGGCCAACAGAACAGACGGAACUCGGAGGAGUUAUAAACCUUUGUGAACCUUCACUAGUCCAAGCAGCACAGGAAUGUCCCCCUUUCGCCAUCAAUUUCAGCUUAAAAUUUGAAGUGACGAAUGUUCUCAGUGAAGAUGAAAGUCUUCUACAGAGGAAUGAGACGUUAGGAGUGGAAGAUGCAAGAACAGAAGAGACAACGGGAGAUGAAAAUCCAUCUGAAAAGUCAGAGCUGCCCGAAAUAUCAAAAGAUACGGAGAGUUUGUUGGUCAGAGGCGAAUGCGGGGAGAGGUUUCUUCCCAGUGUAGAGAAGGAUCAGACGUCACUGGGCAGCAGCUUGAGGUUAGGUGUUACGUCAGAUAUACACGGAUCAGGAGAUACAUCAAACGGGGAAGCUAGCGACAAGAACCAAGACGACGAUACAGAAGACAUCUCUCUUGAUUUCAAAGAAAAGUUGAGGUGCUUCCUUCAAAAAUUUGAGGACAAAAAUGGUCCGCUGGGAAAGGAUGAAAAACUGGGAGGAAGUCCUGAAGAGUUAAAAGGAAGUUUACUCCAAGAUGAUGAGGGAGAGUCUGAUGGAUGUGAUGUUGAACUUGCUCAUGAUGACGGUCUUGUUUUGAAUCAUGGGGGCUUAGAGUCGGAGUCACCAUACACGUGUUUAUCAACCUGCGACAGGGGACAAUUCUCUUCACAGACACCUGCUGGGACUUUGUGCCACACGCUUGCCCCUCUGCCUAUAGAUGUAGACACCCCCAUUGUGGAUGAUGAAUCCUUCCUUGGCACUUCUAACCAAUCAGAGCCAGUGAGACUAAGAGCAGGGCAAAAUGGACAGCCAAUCACAACACCCGUUUCACACCUGCCAAGGAAAUUCAAAGACUUGAGUAUUUCCCAAGGAGCCUGUCAUCAAAGUGUGUCAAGUCUUUCAAUUGGCCAAUCAGGAACCACCUCACAUCGUGAACAGAUCUCAGCCAAUCACAAACCAGGACGUUCUUUGAACAACCAAUUGGAAUCCAUCUUACAUGAAGUGGAGAACAGUCCUGUUUCCCUAUUGGACAGAUUGAGAAGGAAACAUGGGAAUCAGAAUGGAGUUCUGUCUGCUGCCCUCACGAUGAAAACUGGGAGCACAUUUGGCGGGAAACGAGGACGUGACCGGAAAAUUCUGAUGGAAAUAUUUGAUGGCGACAAUGAAGAAGAUGACGUCAUGCCAUAGCUAAUCAGAAAAAAAAAUACCUCAAGUUUUUCCCCCUUUCCUUAGUAAACCAUGAAAGUUAAAAAAGUGUUGAAAAUUGGUUUGCUGCAAAUACUGCAAUCCUGUGUUGAUUCUAACAUGGUGUUUAUUUUUAUUCAAGGAUGGUAAAAGGUUAAACUUGCAGUAUACUGUUGAUCAGUAGGCAACACAAAAUGCCGUCAUUGCCAAACAACAAAAGUUAAUUUUAUACGCCCAUUUUAUUUUCAGCAAAGAAACAAUCUUCCUACUACAACUUCGCGCACCAAGGCUGAAACCCAAUUUAUUGAUUGUCCUUACUCAUUUAUUAUUAACAUCGUAGUUCAAUAAUUCAGAUGCGGAAGAGAAAUCAAUAACUAAGGCCAGAUUGGAGGAAUGUUUUAAUGAUGUCAUGACUUGAUUCACUCGAACUUAUCACUUCAUCGAAACUAUUGGCAACAGUUUAAGUAACCUGUGAUUUUGAUCAGUUUCUUGCUCUAUGCUUGACCGAGUUGCUCAAUUAUUGAAUAAUUUCACAGAAUCUGAAAUCCAGUGUAAAUCCAAGUUAGAUUUUAUUAGUCUUAUCAUUUCAGUGGCCGCAAAAAUAUUGACCGAUGAUAAAUCGGGUCCCGUUUUUAACUAACCGGACAUGUUUCCGGAGCCGAAAUGUCCAAUCACAAUAAUUAAGGUCAUUUAUAACGCUAAGGACUCUGUGAUUGUAACCACAACAACAAACAGCACGCGUCUACCUGCCCCAUAGUCGGUCCCCUUUUGGAUUACUGAUUGAGAUAUCUAAAGGAUGAGUCGGGGAUGAGACGGUGAGAUACCCAACAGCUUUCGUGGGCGUAACACAAAGGGGUUGGAAGUGGUCAAUAGGACUUGUGAAGCGUGGUUAUCAAUGGAGUACUAUCAGUGUUUGGAGGUCGGUUUGGUGGAUACAAAAGCUGCAUUCUAAACAUGACAGCACUCUUCAACAGACAAAAAGUGGAGCCUCACUCGGUGGGAAUUAAGCAAGCUUAGCCACUGAACUCUUUUCAGUUUGGUAUAGCUCCAUGGUGGUGUACCAGACUUUACCAUUACAGCCGCCAUAGGACUUGACCUCUUGGUACACUACACGUGUUCCGUUAUAUUGGUCACUUAUCAGUAUCGCUUGCAAUCUUAUCAGACUUUGUUUGAAGAGUUCUCCGUUGGCGAUUGGAAACCAUCGUUAUCUGUUGUAAGAUAUAAUUCUGGGGAAGAUAUCUGUUUACUCUUUGGAGUUAUAUUGCGAACACGAUUGGCUUUGUGCAGUAUAUAUGGACAGUUGAUCACAACACUAUUAUCGCAUUUACGGAGAUGAUCUAACAGCGGCGAACGAUGCAGAAUCUUUAUUUUGUCUAGUUGUUUCUGAUUGGCUGCUACCUUGGAUACCAAUGAUUUGUUUGUCACCG